CACCAGUAACUUACUUCAUUCGCUGCCUACAACCCAGGUUAUUAAGCAAUUCUUUCCCCGCAAUACAUAAGGGAAUAUCGGAGACAGAUCCAUCAUACAUUGAUGACACGCCGGAAUCCACCUCCCUUAACCCCGAACCCCCAGAGAAAGACACGCACCCACAAUGAUCCCCCUCCCCACAAUCCAAGCCUCCAACCGCAGGAUCCCCACCCACCCGUCCAUCCCCUCUCACCCGAUCGCCCUCUUCGUCGGCGCAACCAGCGGCAUCGGCGAGGCGACCGUCAAACAGUUCGCCCAGCACACGCGGACCCUGAGGCCGCGGGUGUAUCUCGUCGGCCGCAACGCCGCCGCCGGCCACCGCAUCGCCCAGGAAUGCGAAUCCCUCAACUCAACCGGGAGGUUUGUGUUUGUGCAGGCCGACGUCAGCCUGCUCUCCGUGGUCGACGAGCUCAGUCUCAGGCUGCUGCGCGACGAACCCUACCUGAAUCUUCUGUUUCUGAGCCCCGGCACGACAGCCGGGAAAGCUGAAACCCCAGAGAACCUCCGCACCCUGACAUCCCUCCUCUACUACGCCCGCCUCCGCUUCACCCUCAACCUCCUCCCACUCCUCCAAUCCACACCCCCGGGCCACCUCCGGCGGGUGAUCUCCGUCCUCUCCGGCGGGCACGAGGGCCCGAUCCUCGACGCCGCCGACCCGGACGGCCGCAGCCUCUCGAUGCGCGCCUUCCGGGCGCAGAUCACCUCGAUGACGACGCUGGCGAUGGAGGGUCUGGCCGACCGGGCGCCCACCGUCGCGUUCGUCAAUGAGUACCCCGGGACGGUGCGGUCGGGCCUCUUCCGGGAGGCGGAUAGCUGGUACGGGUGGGUGGUGUGGGCGGUGUUGUCGGUGAUUGGAAGGUGGGUGUAUAUCCCUGCUGUGGAGAGUGGGGAGCGCCAUGUUUUCUUGGCGACGAGUGGGCGGUUUCGGGCGCGGGAGGGUGAAUUCAACGGACAGAAUGGGGAGGGUGGGGUGAUGGUUGGGGGGGUGGAGGUUGCGAGGGGGACGGAUGGGGUGGUUGGGUCGGGGGUGUAUUCUGUGAAUUGGAAUGGGGAGGUGGCGGGGGAGAGGGUGGGGAAGGUGCUGGAGGGGUUGAGGAGGGAUGGGAUGAAGGAGGUGGUGUGGAGGGUGUUGGAGAGUGUGUUUGUUCGGGUUACGGGAACGGUGAAGGUUGAGGUUUGAUGGUUCAUUAAGGGGGGGAAGGUUUGUAGAAGAUGGGGAUGUUUUAUCGUUUAUUCUAGGAUGGCAUUUUACUAAGUCGGCUCAGUAUAUGUGUGAAUAGGUUAUAAUGAUAAGUGCAAAGGCAUGCGAGUGGAUGACUGAUAAGAAUAAGACUAAAUUUUGUGAG